AUGCAACACUCUGGAGAAAUGCACAAAAUCAGGGUCCCCGAAGUCGCUCAUUCCCAGCCCAAACUGAGUAAUGGCCACCUCACUUUCAGGCCUACCGAGGGGACUCAAUACGUGCCGCAAGACACAGUUUACCCAGCAGCGCAGAGCCCGAGUAAUGAUCAAUCUACUUCUGUCGAACUGACUCGUCCGCGGAUCAAGAAAGAGUUUCCCGAUGAGAAUGCGCAGGUGAUCAAGACCUGGGACAAGUUCAGGCUAGUUCCCAUAAAACAAGAACCCAAUACCAGACAGGAACCUGGUAUAAAAAUGGAACCACAGGAGUUCAACGAUGAUCAGCGAGUUCAGCCCCGUCACGUCAUUGACCUCACAGAUGAAGACAAUUCAUCUAUCCGAAAAUGCCCAAGGCCACGUAUGGAAUUAUUGAUGGCUGUCCACCAGUACCAGAAGGCCGCAGAAAAGGCAGCUCAAACAGUUGAACCCCCGGUUGAGACUUUGUUCGUUCAAGACGAUAAUUCUUCACCCUCGACCCCCAACGCCAGCGAGUUCCUUGAGCCAGGCGAAGAUGAUAUUUCUGAAUUCAAUGGAUACCAGAAACAGUUUCGAAGCCUGCAAUCCCCUUCCAUGGAACAGCAGGUUGAGUUCGAAAAGCGGAGACAGGAAGAGCUUGAACGAAGGAGAAAGGUCAAGCUUGACAAGCUCUGUGACCUGAAUGUCCAAGCAGAAUUGGAAGAGACAGAAAGCGAGAAUAUCCCUUCUUCUGGCGUGGAAGAACAGCCUCAACCGAAAGAGCUGCAACCCCAAGAGCAAACCAAAGCAGAACUCAAAAAACCUAUUACAGUAAGACCACCGGGUACCCGAUUAUCGAAAUCGAAAAUGCAAAAGGCCAAAGAACUUGGCCUUGCUCAGUUGUUAUCCAAGGAAGGGGCUCGAAAGCAUGGCAAGGCCAGCGAAACUGAGCCUGAGCCAGAGCAAAACUCUGGUACAAAAGGAAAGGAGAAACAAUACCGACGUCCGCCUACGGUAUUGUCAACCGAGGAAGUCCGAAGCAUCUUCAGCAACGAUGAUAGUUGCAAAAAAGGAAAAGAUCCGUUACCCCCAGGGUUUGUCUCUACGGAGAAAAACAAGCAAAAAGCCUUCAAAGAGAUGCUCGCCAGUAUUCCAGUUGCAGAAAAGGCUGGAGCACGUGCAGACAUAUCCCUGCUGGAUGAAGCGACGCGAACUUUUAACCCAUCAGCAAGGUCAGACGGGCAAGGGAAAUGGAAGGUCAGAGGGCUGCAAACCAGCCUUAUGGUGAACCAGAUAUUGGCUGCUUCCUGGAUGUGCAAACGUGAAACCUCUCUGAGCAAGCCCAAUGGCGGCUUACUCUGUGAUGUGAUGGGCUUCGGUAAGACUCUGUCAGCACUCGCAUGCAUCGUGAACCGAAAGAUUCCAUCUCAGCCAGAAGGCCCCACUCUAAUUAUCGCCCCGAGAAAUCUGAUACAGACCUGGAUGUCGCAAAUUCGACAACAUUGUAAUCGUGGGGCUGCCGGGAGCGUCAUUGCACAUUGCUCUGGUGCACGCGUGGAAACUGAUGACCUCGCCCACCAUCUCAAACAGCAUGGCAUUGUAUUGACAACAUACCAGGAGAUAUCUUCCUCGUAUCCCGAUCUAAAGCCAUCCCCUGGAUUCAGGACUGAUGACUCUAUCAAAGAGUGGUGGAACCAGGAAUAUGGAAAAAUAGGUGUCUUCCAUCAAAUAAACUGGCACAGGAUCAUUCUCGAUGAGGCACACAUUAUCAGGAACAGGACCACCAGAACGUCGAUUGCGGUUCGUGCUCUAAGUGGGAACUUCAAAUGGGCUUUAACUGGAACUCCUUUGCACAACUCCGUUGAUGAGCUCUAUUCUCUAUUCGCGUUCAUUGAAGUGCCCAACAGCCAUCCUUACCACGUGUUCAUGCACAACUUUUGCGACGGGUCGAAUGAUGCGAAGGACCGCUUGAUUAACAUGCUUCGCGCUGUAAUCCAUCGCAAAACCCACGAAAGCCGUCAUAUGGGAAGACCCCUUAUUGAGCUCAAAAGAUUCGGUCUAAAAGAGGUCAAAGUCGAUUUCUACCCAGUCGAAAGGCAGAUCUACAAUGCGAUUACGGAGAGGUUCAUUGAGAGAGUCAAUGCUUCUCGAAAGAAAUCCCAGAGCAAAUGCAUUUUGACUAUGAUCCUAAAGUUGCAAAUGUUCACCAGCCAUCCACUUGCCGGAGAAGAUUACCUCAAGCGAGUGUGUAAUUUCAACAACACACUGGAUGCGCAGCUAAAGACCUGGGUGAAAGAUGAAACAAGUACAGGCCCAUCUCCAUCAAGCAGGAUUGCGAAGUGCUGUCUUUCAGGGAGAUACCAAACCAAUAUGCCUAUGGCUCCUCUGCGGUCUCGGACAGAAAGCGAAAACCUUCGACCACGGCCACCUGGAAAUUGCGCGAAGCUUGUUUCCAAGUUCAAGGCCAAAAUAGAAGCUCUCUGGAAGGAAAAAGACUUCUAUGAGAGUGAUCAUCGCACCUGGUUCUGUCCUGGCUGCGAGGGGCUUCCAACAAGGGCGAUUAUCACGGACUGUCAACAUCUUUAUUGCGAAGAAUGCUUCGACGCACUCGAUGAUGAAGAAGGAAAUACGGAUGGUGUCAGUCGACAGUGCCGUACUUGCAAAAUUGCCAUUAAAAAGGCUGCAUUAUACGGUAUCUACGAUGACUUCGAUACACCUCCACUGGAGGAUGCUGAGUUUUCUGAACUGGCAGGCCAGCAAAAGCGACCAGCCACGUCAGAGACAACAAGAACGGCAAAUGAAGGCCGAACCAAAAAGCGCCGAAAGGAUAAAUAUCCCGGUUCCACUUUCUCAGAAUGGUUGUUGGCCGAUGAGACCCUAAGUGCAUUCGACAACGAAAGCGAACGUGGGAGCCAAGACGAAGUGCGAGACAAAACCCCCGAUGAGGAUGAUGUUCCCUGCGAGAAAGAAGAGGUCGACCAAGGACAAGAUUGGAUAGCGAAAUUUGGGAGAUCGAUGCCAGGCGCCAAAUUUGAUGCGAUUACAGUUCAAGUCAAAGAGUGGCUCGAGAAAGACAGCACAGCCAAAAUCGUGAUUUUCACACAGUACAUCAAUAGCAAUAGGCUUUUACGGUACCUUUGUGAAGAAAAUGGGUGGAAAUGCUCCCAAAUGACGGGCCGAAUGGCUAAUAGAUCACGAGAAAUCAAUCUGAGCAACUUCCGGGAUGACGAUGAGACCAAGAUCAUGAUUGCUUCCAUCAAAACUGGGGGUCUAGGUCUUGAUUUCUCUGUGGCCAACAAGUGUAUCUUGGUGGAUCUAUGGUGGAAUGAGGCUGUCCAAGACCAGGCAUUCUUUCGUCUCUGGCGUCUUGGCCAACAACGAGAUGUCGAAUGUAUCAUGCUCAUGGUCAAAGACUCUAUUGAUGAUUGGAUGGAUAAGACCCAGAAGCGGAAAGCUAAGGAGAUCGGCGAAGUUAUGAGUCAGAAUGUUCUCAUGGACCGGAAUACACUCAAAGAGCUGCUGGAGAUGUUUGGUGAAGUCACUGAGGAUCCAAAGAAGGGAUUCGCCGUCCAUUUGCAAUCCAAAAACGCGUCGAACUCCGCGCCUAAAGCCAGUGCCAAAGGAAAGGUUACUCGAUCUGCGCCUCCUAAGAAACAGAAUUAG